AUGCCCUUUCAAAUUCCAACUUGUUCAUCAACUUACGGUCAACAAACAAUGAUAAAAGUAGAAACAACAAAACAUCGAAAUAACAAAGAAAACAACAAAGAAGACGAACAAAACAAAAAAGUUCUGAACAAAACAAACAUUUUUAACGUUGAAAAACUUGAACAUUUAAAAACAACGCCUAUUUCUUCGCCUUGUUUUGCAACAUCUUUUUAUUCAAAUAAAACAUUGUUUUCCCUAAAUCAACAAAUGUUUUCUUCAUUUUUGUUGUUUAUUGUUUUGUUUGUUUUAUUUUUGCCUGUUCAGAUUGAGGCACAAAGCAAUGGGAAGUGUUAUUCAUUCGCUCCUGGCCUUACUAUACUUGGAGCUGACUAUCGAAGAGAUUUUGGAUUGUCACGUAGACAAUGUGCGGAUGUAUGCAAAACCGAUGUUUGUUGUAUGGCCUUUGAAUGGCAACGUAUUGGUGGACAAUGCACCCUUAAAAGUCGGUCAUUGAAUGGAACGGUUGUGAAUUUGGGAAUUAGUAAAGGGGAUGAAAAUACUGAAAAGUCUAAUGAGGGGAAGGAUUUGCUCUUUGCUUUGUGUUUGGAUUAUGGCGAUUCUGAACGUGAUCGGUUUUGGGAUCAUGAACUUGGAGGCCCUAUUGUUGCAACUAAAAUAGACGUUGAACGAGAAAAUUGUGCUAAAGUUUGUGCUGAAUUCUCAACUAUUAAAAAACGAAAAAUAACAAUUGAAAAAGUUGAAGAGGAAGAAGAUAAAGAAAAUGAGGGAGAAGAAUUUGAUAAUUUUAAAUUAAGUGAAUUAACUUUAUUUGCGAGGAAUAUUAAAAGGCGGGCAAAGCGGCCAAUUCACAAGUUUCCAAAAAUUGAAAAAAGUUUGUCUUCUGGAAAAGAAGCUCCAGCAGUAAUAUAUAAUUGGCGGCCUGUUGAUCCAACAGAUAUGGAAUCACCAUUGGGUGAAUGCCAAUGUAUUUCAGUACUUCAGCAUAUUAAAUUAAAUUUUGGAUCCUUUUCUGGAUUUUUAAUUUGAAGGAAAAUAAUUAAUUAAAUUACUAGUUUUUUUAUUUUUAAAAAUAUUUUAUUUUGAGUAUGGUGGAAUCUCCCUAUAAUGAUGUAGAGUGGGCGGAAUUCUGAUUUCUGACACCCGCCUCUGACCCAUAGGCACUAACCUAAGAAAGAAAGUGACUUGGGAAGGGGCGUCUUUAUAGAGAAAUUCCACUAUUUAUAAUUCAAUAUUAGCUCUAAGAGCUUUUCUUAUUUUAAUAUUGUCCAUAAAAUGAUAGACUUAUUCUGUUUUAGAGGGAUCCGUUUGGAACCUUUUUUCCUUCAAAACAUUGUUGCCAAUGUUUCAAUAACUGAGUUAACUUUAUUUACUUU